UAAAUGGAAUAAACGACGCAAUCUCGUGGAUCUCAAUGUUUGGCGGGUACGCUCUGGCGUUCUGGUAUGGCGUGGAGCUCAUCAUCAGAGACAAAGACUAUCCUGAGAGUCAAAGAACUUACGACGCUGGCACUAUGAUUGCUAUUUUCUAUUCUGUGAUGGACACGUCGUGGGUGUUCUCUGCUGCGACUCGUCACUUCGAGGCUUUCUCCACCGCCAGAGGCGCCGCCGCCAAGAUAUUUGCCGUCAUAGAUCGCGAGUCGCCCAUCGACAGUCUAUCUGACGAAGGAGAAAGGCCGCAUUACGCCCGGGGUGACAUCACCUUCAACGACGUCCACUUUGAAUAUCCGUCACGUCGAGGUGUCAAGGUCCUUCAAGGCCUCAACCUGAAGAUCAAAGCAGGUCAAACGGUGGCGCUUGUCGGAAGUUCCGGCUGUGGGAAGUCCACGUGCAUCCAACUCAUCCAAAGAUUCUACGACCCUCAACUCGGUUCGGUGGAGCUGGACGGGCGCGACUUGAGGACGCUGAACGUGGGCUGGCUGCGCUCUCAGAUAGGUGUGGUGGGCCAGGAGCCGGUGCUCUUCCAGACCACCAUAACAGAGAACAUCCGCUACGGGCGAGAGGACUGCACCAUGGAGGACAUUGUUGAGGCUGCCAAGACAGCCAAUGCGCACGAAUUCAUCUGUAAGCUACCGCAGUGCUGUUAUCAGGGCUACGACACGCUGGUAGGGGAGCGCGGAGCCCAGCUGUCCGGAGGCCAGAAGCAGCGCAUCGCCAUCGCCAGGGCGCUGGUGCGCCGCCCAAAGAUCCUGCUGCUGGACGAGGCCACCUCUGCUCUGGACACCGGCAGCGAGGCCAAGGUGCAGGCGGCGCUGGACAGGGCCAUCGAAGGACGUACGACGGUCAUUGUAGCACAUCGGCUGUCGACAAUACGCAAUGCGGACAGAAUCUACGUGCUGUCUGGAGGGGUCGUGGUCGAAGAGGGCAGCCACGACCAGCUGAUGGCCCUCAGGAGUCACUACCAUGCGCUCGUCACUACUCAAGUCAAGACUACUGAAACCGGCGAACGCAUAGGAGGAGACUGUCCGGUCCUGGAGCGGCUGCAGAGUGAGCAAUGCGACGCUUCCUCGGUGGUGGGCCGCAGGGGGUCGGCAGCUGACGUGUCGGAAAAUACGGAAGAGGACGAAGAGGACGGGGCGGGGGGAGUAGGGGUGCGUCGCGUGGGCGUGCUGUCGGUGCUGCGCCUCAGCGCCCCCGAGUGGCGCCUGCUGGCCGCGGGGACGCUCAGCGCACUCGUCGUGGCCGUCGGCUUCCCCACCUUCAGCAUAUUCUACGGAGACGUCAUUGGGGUCCUUUCUCACCCGGACCCUGCUGUUGUCCGCAGUCAGACAUAUUGGUACUGUGCCGUGUUCAUAGUGACAGCGGUCGUCAUGGGCAUAGCCUCUUUCCUGCAGAUGUACACCUUCGAUGUCGCCGGGGACAGGUUGACGAUGCGGCUGCGCAAACUCACUUUCUCGGCCGUGCUGCGCCAGGAGGUGGCCUGGUUCGACGACAAGAACAACAGCACGGGAGCGCUCUGCGCCAGGCUGUCCACGGAUACUUCUGACGUGCAAGGGGCUGCAGGCCAACCUAUCAGCUCCGUGGUGCAGGCGCUGGCGACGCUGGUGCUCUCUGUGGGAGUGUGCCUGUACUACGAGUGGCGACUGGGACUGAUGGCGGUCGCCUUCAUGCCCGUCCUCAUGGCGUCCGACCACUACGAUGCCCGCGUAGAGGAGGCCGGCGACGAGCGUAUUCGAAAAUCCGUGGAGAAAGCCACCAAGGUGGCAGUGGAGGCAGUUGGUAGCAUCCGCACGGUGGCGGGUCUCUGCCGCGAGCGUCUGUUCCAUGCCCGGUACCUGUCAGAGUUGCAGCCAGCGUUGCAGGUCGCAGAGCGCCACACGCACGUGCGUGCCGCUGUCUACAGCCUCUCUCGGAACAUUGGCACAUUUACCUACGCCGCAUGCAUGUACUAUGGAGCAACACUCGUCCAUGCCGACGGCGUGCCCUACCAAGACGUCUACAAAGUGGCAGAAGCUUUGAUGUUCGGAACUGGCACCAUCUCAAGUGUGUUCUCCUGCACCGCGAGCCUCAGGAAAGGUCUAAGAUCCGCUUCAAGAAUCUUCACACUAUUGGAGCGUCGACCUUUGGUAACGGAUCCGCACGAGCUCACAGAUGAUAAGUGGACGGCGGAAGGGAAGGUGCGCUACUCGGACGUGGAGUUCAGCUACCCGACGAGGCCCGACUCCCUCGUCCUGAGGGGCCUGGACCUACUUGUGAAGCCCGGUCAGACUGUCGCGCUGGUGGGUCUCUCAGGCUGCGGCAAGUCCACCUGCGUACAACUCCUGGAGAGGUUCUACGACGUCACCUCCGGUACUGUGGUUCUUGGUGACCGUGAGGUGUCCAAAGUCAAAAUGUCGUCCCUGCGAUCACGGCUGGGGCUGGUGCAGCAAGAACCUGUCCUUUUUGACAGGACGAUUGGCGAGAACAUAGCUUAUGGUGAUAACAGCCGAGACGUACCCAUGGAUCACAUCAUUGAAACUGCUAAGAAAGCGAACAUCCACAAUUUUAUAGAAACAUUACCUCAGGGUUACAACACACUUGCGGGAGAAAAAGGUGCUCAACUCAGUGGGGGCCAGAAACAGCGAGUGGCAAUUGCAAGGGCCUUACUUCGCAAUCCUAGUGUCCUUAUACUGGAUGAAGCAACAUCGGCACUCGACUCUGAUAGUGAAAAGAUUGUCCAAGAGGCACUCAAUAAGGCGAAAGAAGGGCGAACUUGCAUCACAAUCGCACACAGGUUGUCAACAGUUCAAGAUGCAGAUGCUAUAUGUGUCAUCAAUAAUGGAAAAGUUGCUGAGAUGGGACGUCACGCAGAUCUGAUAGCAAAGCGUGGCAUCUACUACAAACUUCAGUGUCUUCUGCCUACUUAACAAGCUUUGGAAAGAACUUCAUUGAUUGGUAAAUGAAUCUGUAACAAUGCAUCGCUCAAAACGUUACAAGUUUGAUGUCUCUGUGAGUGCCAAUGUCAGGGUCAUUGAUGAAUAAUUCUAGUGAUGGAGCAUGUCACCUCAGUAAUAAACAUCCCAGAGUAAGUUUCAUGUACAACGUGGACUACAUCAUAGUCAGAUGUAAUUGUGUUGAGGAAUUUGUUCUUCAUUAACAAAAUUGCAUGCAGUAUUUGUUCAAUAUAUUUUAAGUUUGCUGUAUGUUUAUUGACUGUCAUCUUUAACACAUUGUUUUCCAUCUGCUACAUGUUCAAAUUAUUUUUUGUUUUAAACGAUACCUGAAAAGCAUAAAAGGAUUCCAAUCUAAAUUACCUGAGUCUAGUAAUUUUGAGGCACACUGGAUGUAACGUCAUCUAUAGAGAUGGGGGAUAGGUACAGAUUUUACAGUCCUGCAGAGAGAUGUUUAUAUCAGCUAUCAUUUUAUUUUCAUCCGUUGUUAGAUGUUUCAUAAUACCAAAAGUCAAGUUUCAACUUGAUAUAUUUAGUAGUUUAUUUUCUACUAAUGCUCUUUGAAGUAUAUGUGAUGGAUGCUGGAAGAAAACAAAAAAAAAUAUUACAGAAGCGAGUCAUAUUUUGAAUUUAGUUGAGACUUAUUUGUUUCCUAAACAAGUGAUACUUUUUUAUUCGAUAUGUCACACAACUUUCGUAUGUUACCUCUAGUGUUUCUGGGCAAUGAACUUUCUACUAAGUAUGAAUAUUGUUAUAAGACUUAUGAUUUGAAUGUUGAACAUCAAAUUGCUGGAUCUCCUUCUGUUAAACUGAGCUCUGAGGGUUGUAAAAAGUAACAAAUGAAAUGUUUUUCAGUAGGCCUAUAUUAUGAGCUUUUUCAAUAAAAAAUCCUUAUGA